GAGUCGCGAAGACCGAAGUCAGUUGGCUGUUGGCUUCGGCGCCGAGCCGAGUCCGAGCCGAGUGAACGUCACCGCUGGAGCCGAGCCGAGCUCAUCGGAGCGAGCGCGGACGCGGUGCAGACAGCCGCGAGUGUUUUCGUUGAAUUUGUUUAUCGCACUGUUGUUUCGGCGGAUCUAGGCUGAGUUGGAUGUCUCCACAUCCCACCGGAUUCCUCCCCUGACUGCAAUCAACGAACAGGAUGGAGCGGCAGCGCGUCUGGAUCCCGGACGCGGUGGAGGGCUUCGUGGAGGGCACGGUGGUGGACCUCGGCCUGGACGAGGUGACGGUGGAGCCCCUCGACAGGAAGAAGGCCAAGGUGACGGCCACGCUGGACCGGGUGUAUCCCGCCGAGGUGUACGACAGCAAGGAUGUGGACGACAACUGUUCCCUCAUGCACCUUAAUGAAGCAACCCUUCUUAAUAACAUCCGAAUGCGAUACAAGAAAGACAAGAUAUAUACAUACGUUGCAAAUAUUUUAAUUGCUGUGAACCCCUACUUUGAAAUCAAAAACUUAUAUUCCAGUGCAACAAUUAAGACUUAUCAGGGCAAGAGUUUGGGAGUGAUGCCACCUCAUGUUUUUGCUAUAGCUGACAAGUCCUUUCGGGACAUGAAAGUCUUGAAACAAUCUCAGUCGAUCAUUGUGUCUGGAGAGUCUGGGGCGGGAAAGACAGAAUCCACUAAAUAUCUGUUAAGGUACCUGUGUGACCUAUGGGGCUCGUCUGCUGGCCCCAUUGAGCAACGUAUUCUAGAUGCUAAUCCAGUUCUGGAAGCAUUUGGAAAUGCCAAGACGACCCGUAACAACAACAGCAGUAGAUUUGGAAAGUUUAUGGAAGUUCAUUUUGACUCCAAGUGUCAGGUUGUGGGUGGCUUCAUUUCUCAUUACCUUCUUGAAAAGUCAAGAAUUUGUGGACAGUCACCAGAGGAGAGAAACUACCACGUUUUUUACCAAUUGUGUGCUGGUGCUCCCGAGUCACUUCGUAAGAAGUUUGAUAUCACAAAGCCAGAUGAUUAUCAUUACCUGAAGCAUGGUUGCACCCAGUACUUUACAUCAUCUUCUACAGAAAAAAGUCUCUCUGCAAACCAGAAGAGCAAUGCCCAUGCCAAGAAUGGGUCACUUCAUGAUCCACUUUUGGAUGACAUCAAUGAUUUUCAUUCGAUGGAUCAAGCUCUAGUACGACUUGGCAUUACUGAGGAUGAAAGACUAGACAUCUAUGCUAUGGUGGCAUCAGUUCUUCAUCUUGGAAAUGUUUCCUUUGAAGACAACCCUGAGGAUACAAAGGGAGGAUGUCAAGUCGCAGGCAGCUCUGAGAAGUCUCUCUCAACAGCUGCCAGUCUCAUGGGUGUUGACCCAGAGGAACUCCGGCAGGCGUUGGUUUCCAAAGUGUUGAUGACGAACCGCGGUGGUCUCAAGGGCACGGUCAUUAUGGUCCAGCUUAAGAUAUAUGAAGCAAAUAGUGCCCGGGAUGCUCUUGCGAAGGCUAUAUACAGCAAGCUCUUUGACUAUAUUGUUCAGCGUAUCAACAAGAGCAUUCCCUUCAAAGCGUCGAGUUACUACAUCGGUGUUCUCGAUAUUGCAGGCUUUGAGUAUUUUACUGUAAAUAGUUUUGAACAAUUUUGUAUAAACUAUUGCAAUGAAAAGCUUCAACAAUUUUUCAAUGAGCGCAUUCUCAAGGAGGAACAAAAUCUGUACCAAAGAGAGGGAUUGCAAGUGAAAAAAAUCGAAUUUGUUGAUAACCAGGAUUGCAUAGAUCUGAUAGAAGCAAGUAAAGUUGGAAUCUUGAGUUUACUUGAUGAAGAAUCAAAACUUCCAAAGAGUGCUGCUGAUCAUUUCACCACUGAAGUGCACCGUCAGUGGAGCAGCCAUUUCAGAAUAGGGUUGCCUCGUGCUUCUCGAUUGAAAGCACAUAGAGAAAUAAGAGAUGACGAGGGUUUCCUCAUUCGACACUUUGCUGGAGCAGUUUGCUACCAAACUGCUCACUUCAUAGAAAAGAAUAAUGAUGCUUUGCAUGCAUCACUAGAAGGCCUGGUUCAGGAGAGCAAAAACCCCUUCCUUCAAAACUUGUUUGCAAAUUCUGCUGUCCCAGCAACACAAAAGGGUAAACUUACAUUUAUCAGUGUUGGUAAUAAGUUUAAGCAACAACUUGGAGAACUUAUGGACAAACUGGGCAGCACUGGCACGAACUUUGUAAGGUGCAUCAAGCCAAACCAUCGCAUGGUGGCACAUGACUUUGAAGGAGGAUCAAUUCUAUCCCAAUUACAGUGCUCAGGAAUGACUAGUGUUUUGCAACUUAUGCAGCAAGGCUUCCCCUCUCGUGCUCCCUUCAGUGAGCUCUACAACAUGUAUCGAGGCGCCUUGCCUCCAGAGUUGGCUCGUUUGGAUCCGAGGUUGUUCUGCAAGGCACUGUUCAGGGCCUUGGGCAUGAAUGAAAAUGAUUAUCGGUUUGGCAUCACAAAAGUAUUCUUCCGUCCAGGCAAAUUUGCUGAAGUUGAUGCUAUUAUGAGGUCAGAGCCUGAAAAUCUUGCUGCAAUGAUACAGAAGGUUAAAAAGUGGUUGUUGAUUUCACACUGGAAGAAAGCCCAAUGGUGUGCUCUUUCAGUUAUCAAAUUGAAAAACAAAAUCCUAUACCGCCGAGAAUGUCAUGUGACCAUUCAGAAGAACAUUCGUAUGUAUUUGGCCAAGAAGCGUCAUCGCCCAAGGUACCGUGGAAUAAUGAAGAUCAACAGCUUGCAGUCCAGGUUAAGUCGUAUGGAGGAAAUUAUGAAGCAGCUUAGAAAAGAUCGUGAAUCAAGUGAGGCUCAAGUAAAGGCUCUGCAUGAGGACAUGACGUCAGCUAUAAGAAAAAUCAAAACCAAUCCUCGGAUAAGUAGUGGCGAGAUUGAUAGUCUUUACACACAAUUAAUGAAUAAAUCCAAUGCACAAAUGGGUGCUCUCCAAUCCAAACUAGAACAACAAAAGAGUGCUGAAGAGCAGGAAAGACUCCGAAGGAUUCAACAAGAAAUGGAAGAGGAGAAAAGACGUAAGGCUGCAGAAGAAGCAGCUCAAAAAGCCAUGGAGGAGGACCGCAAACGAAAGCAGGAAAUGGAAGCCAGACGCAAGGUUGAAGAAGAGCAGAGGCGAAGACAAGAAGAGGAAGAUAAAAAGACUGCAGCUGCUCUUCAGGCUCAGUUGGAGCAAGAGGCAAUGGCAGACGCUCGAUUUAGAGAUCAAAUGGAACAAGAGCGUAGAGAUCAUGAAUUGGCUCUACGGCUGGCUCAGGAAACCAAUGGUCAGCUGGAGGAUGUUUCCCCACCAUUGCGAAGGUCUGAAAGCACCCGAACUUUGGAUGGAGCAGAGAAGAAUAAAUUUGAUCUGUCUAAGUGGAAGUAUUCAGAAUUAAGGGACACUAUCAACACUUCCUGUGAUAUUGAUUUGUUAGAGGCAUGCCGUGUCGAGUUCCAUCGGCGACUAAAGGUGUAUCAUGCAUGGAAGGCAAAGAACAGACGGCGGACUACAAUGGAAGAAAAUGAGCGUGCUCCACGAUCAGUUAUGGAUGCAGCUGCACGGGCUCCACGUUCUCAAGUGAAAGCCCCUGUAGUCCCCACUAGCUCCCAGCGCUAUUUCCGAAUCCAAUUUGUCCGUCCCACAUCCAAUCAAAACGGAGAACUUAAUCAGAGCAACGGUCACACUGAAGUUGGAACUGGCCUUUCGGAGGGGAGGAGGGGCUGGUGGUAUGCCCACUUUGAUGGCCAAUUUGUUUCCCGCCAAAUGGAGUUGCACCCUGACAAACCGGCGAUACUACUCACUGCAGGACAAGAUGACAUGCAGAUGUGCGAGUUGAGCCUUGAAGAAACAGGUUUGACAAGAAAACGAGGCGCGGAAAUUUUGGAACAUGAAUUUGAAAAGGAAUGGGAGAAACAUGGUGGAAAGCCAUUUAUGCGAAUGGCAAGGCCAAAUAAGUAGAAAAUGAGCUAUUGUUGUCUAGCAUCUGUGAUGUCUUCAAGUUUAAAACAACUAGUGUUAUGCAGUGUUAAGUUUAUAUACUCUGUACUAUUGUGCUGUGCAACUGCAGAACUCCUGUCGUGUGUUUUACUUGAAGCACUUGUCCCUUUAAAAAAAAGAGUACUACUGUUUUAAUUACAAAUAAAUAAUAAUUGUUGUUAAAUCUGAGACAUGAGAUAUCUCACUUAUUAAAAUCCAUUGUUUAUUGAUGUGAAUGACAAUUUUACAUUUUUAAUUAAUUGUGUAAUGUAAUAUGAAUAUUUGUUGAUUAAUCGAGCUUUGCAAGUUACCUCUUGUUAUGAUCAAUUCCAAAAUCUUGAAAGUUAAGACUUGAUUCAUUCAUUCCAUGUACAUUAUGCAGACACACUAUUAAGAAUCAAAACUAUUUUGUGAACACUAUUCCAUUGAACAUUCAACAUUCCCAUUUGCCUGAAUUUUAAUAAGGCUGUAUUUUGUAUAGUUUUGAGGUAUCAUUUGUGCUGUAGCUAAUUUGCAAUGCUGGAGUGAUUUAUUUUGAGAUAAUUUGUGCACUUUGUUAUUGUUAAUAAAUGAUUGGAACGAAG